AUGCUUGCAAACGUCUGGCGUCGGUUGACCGAUCGUGAUCGCGAACUUUUUUUACUGAAGAACUCAGUGACUUUGUGCUUAAAUGAAACGCCCAUUCCACAAUUGACGAUCUCUUUUCCAUCCUUUUUUGAUUUUCUACCGCAUCUCUAUGCAAGAUCACCAAGUGCACUUCGUCCGGCAGUUAUCUAUCCUAAUGAUACAUUCUCAACCGUUGCAAAAGUUGUGAUUGGCAUACCAACAGUUGCUCGACAAAACUUUUCUUAUCUCAUACCAACAUUACAAUCAUUGAUCUCGGGAAUGAAUGCGCAAGAGAAGGCUGCCACUCUGAUCGUGGUUCUAAUUGCCGACGAGCACGGUGCACAUUCACAGUUCGUCAACGAACAGUUACAUAGCAUUCAGUCUGAAUUCGCGACCGAUCUCGAAUCAGUCAUGAAACGAACUGUCGAUUUGCAGCUAAUCGUUCCACCUCACAGUUGGUAUCCACCAGAUUUACAUGCAGUACCCGCAACAUUCGGUGACUCUGAAGAGCGUGUGUAUUGGCGAACGAAACAAAAUCUCGAUUACAUUUUUUUGAUGCUUUAUUGUCAAGGAAAAGGCGAAUACUAUCUGCAACUGGAAGACGACGUCGUCACAAAACCGGGUUUUAUGUCUCGUAUCCACGAUUUUAUCGCGCAACAACCCAGUGAUUCUUGGUUUAUGCUAGAAUUCUCGACACUUGGAUUUAUUGGUAAACUAUUUCGCUCUUCCGAUUUACCGCUACUAACGCAAUUUAUUGUACUCUUUCACCGUGCGAAGCCGGUUGAUUGGCUAUUGGACUUAAUAUUUGUCAAUCGUUAUUGUCACCCAGAAAAAUCAUCGAAAGAAUGUAGUCAGGCAGUAAAGCAAUAUCGUGUCAGGGCAAGACCGUCGUUAUUUCAACAUAUCGGUGUCCACUCUUCACUUGCUGGUAAACUGCAGAAACUCCGGGAACAAGAUUUCGGUAAAGUGCAACUCUAUGUUCCCCAUGAAAAUAAUCCACCGGCUGUGGUAACUACUAAUUUGGUCACUUAUAAAUCUCACGACAUUGAAGGCGCUUAUAAUGGGCGAAACUUCUUUUGGUCAUUGGCUCCGCAUGCGGAUGAUCAUAUUUCAUUUGAUUUUAAGCCGGCUAUCAAACUGCGAGGCUUCUUGUUCAAAACGGGAAAUGGGGAGCAUCAGCGUGAUAUUUUGAAUGAAAACGCAGUUGUUUAUUUACACAGAAAAAAUUCGAAAGAUUUUGAACGUAUAACGUCGUUCAACGAGCAUGGUACAGCACGUGCUUCAUUUGAUGGUAAUGAUGUUGCACUGAUUGAUUCGUUGAAAAUUGUCGUACACAACGACUCGUCGAAUUGGGUUAUCUUCAGUGAAAUUUUUAUUAAGAAUGAUUGA